AUGCAAGGCGAGGGGGCGACGUGUUUUCAGGACUCGUAUUUAAUCGAUGUUCGUGAACCGGAAGAAACCAUGCAAGGAAUGAUCCCAUCAGCCGUUAACAUUCCACUUUCCGUCCUUGCGGGUGCCCUUCACAUGCCGCCUGAGACCUUCAAGGAGAAAUUUGGGUUUGAAAAGCCCAAGCCGGACCAGGAAGUAACCUUCUACUGCCGAAGUGGUAUGCGUAGCACAACAGCAAGUGACGUCGCCAAGCGAAAUGGAUAUACUGCCAUCCUCAACUAUAAGGGAUCUUGGUUAGAAUGGACGGAUAAACAGAACAAGAAAGGGUCCACAUAG